AACCAAACUACCUCGACGCCGCCAUGGCCGCUUUUGUUGACGCGUGUGUUUGGUGACCUUUUACACCGGAAACAUUUGAUGUAAGCACCGCGUUCACUUGGAGGUGAGUCGAUGCAGAAAUAAAAUGUCAAAAAACAAGAGAAUAGCGUUGGUAUUUGGAGGCUUUGUAACGGCUGUUGCCGCUGCGUUUUACCCCAUAUUUUUCUACCCGCUGACGCAUAAAGACGAGUACAGAGACGUCCAGAAGAUGAACCGGGCAGGUGUGAACCAGGCAGAUGUUCAACCCGUAGGAGUGAAGAUAUGGUCUGAUCCAUUCAAACCUGCAGGCAAAUGACGACCAGUGACCGCUAACCUUUCACUUAUUCCACUGAUGCUGAUGAAGACUUUGAACGGAGAACGCCUGUUUGAUGAGUGCUUGAUGUGCGCGUGAGUGAAUGCUUUUGGAUGUUAAGUGAUUCCUUAAAUCUUAUAAAUAAAGUUUAAAGCUCUUAUAACUAAA